GCGGCGACAGGGUCAGAGUCUGGUGAGAAAAUAAUUUGAGCAAAGGUAUGCCCGCUGCACCGCCACCCUAAUUCUGCGCACAAAAUCAAGUUUUUUGCAGCAGUCGACUGGGCCAAGAGAGUUCGACAGAGAGAAAAAGAAUGCUUUUCUCUUUUAUUUUAUUGAAGCACUGAAGCUCGCUAUGGUGCUGCUUUCCCAACCUUUAUAACGAUUUCUUCGUGGGUUAUGUGUUCCAUCGGUUGAGAAGUAAAAUCUUGUCACUAGGUGUGCGCAUAGCGAGUCAGUAACUUUUAUGACUCAAGCGCAAAUUCCCCUCAUCUGGUCUGCGCUGUUCACAACACGCGAUCGGAGACAAAUUGGCCAUUAGACAGUUAUUAAAUGCAAUCAAAUCCUUAUGAAAAAUGAUUUCACUACGAUACCUCGGGGUUCUCUCUUUUUCUACCCCAUUUUCUGUCUUGUUGCAUUGUCUUCGUUGCAUCGACGCGUAAGAUGCAGGAUUUUUGCUGUGGCUGGUGAGGGUAUCGCGUACCUUUUAAGCCCCACCGCGGGCAUAUGUACCUUCGCUCAAAUUAUUUUCGCACCAGACUCUGACCACCUGUCGCCGCCUGUCGCCGCCUGUCGCCGCCAUAAUAGAG